CUGGGGCGCGGUUUUCCGCCGCCCGGCUCACAGCUCCGGCGCGGCUUGAGCCGUUUCCCCGCGCCGUCCGCGGGCUCCUGGCGUGCGGCUCCGCCGAGUCCGCGGCCGGCGCCGGCCACUGCGGCCGCCACUCCGAGCUCACGCGUCCAUGUGUAGCUACAUAGUUAUCUGUGUACCUCCACGCCGGGCAUUUUUCUCCUGCUUAAUGAGGACUUGACUCGGGAGCCGGUGUGAAUCAUUGCCGGGGCUGGGAAAGGAGGAAGGCGCAUUUAACCCCCUCCCACCCCGCUCCAUGUCCGUGUGUCACUCGGCUCGGUCCACCUGGCGCGGCCGGUCCUGGGGCUGCUGCUGCUGCUGCUGCUGACGACGGGGGCUGCCUCUGCUGUCCCGGGAGUUCCCUCCUGCUCCGGCCACACGGCUCCUGGGGACUGUUCCUCUUCGCACCCAAGCCUCGGCCAGGCCGGCACGCCGGCCCCGAGAUAACUUCUUUCCCUUUUGGAAAGCACAUCCCGAACCGAUCGAACUCGUGAAGGUUUAUUUCUGUGGCUUGAAGACUUCGGUUCUGUUUGUUGUUAUUUUUUUUUCUUUCUUCCGUAAACAUCUGGGUGUAUAUCAAACGGCAAGAUGUCCAGUAAUGUCCCGGCGGAUAUGAUUAAUUUGCGCCUCAUCUUGGUAAGCGGAAAAACAAAAGAGUUCCUGUUUUCUCCUAAUGAUUCUGCUUCAGACAUUGCAAAGCAUGUGUAUGACAAUUGGCCAAUGGAUUGGGAAGAAGAACAGGUCAGCAGUCCAAACAUUCUACGACUUAUUUAUCAAGGACGAUUUCUACAUGGAAAUGUCACAUUAGGAGCAUUAAAACUUCCUUUCGGCAAAACAACAGUGAUGCAUUUGGUGGCCAGAGAGACAUUGCCAGAGCCAAACUCUCAAGGUCAGAGGAAUCGUGAAAAGACUGGAGAGAGUAAUUGUUGUGUAAUCCUGUAAAAGCUGUCUGCCAAGCGUGACGUGGUUUAGUCUUUGUCUUUCAUGCUGCUGGGACAGAAGAGACCCAAUGUUGCUUCAGAAACCUUCAAGAACAGUCUGCCUAUAGACCCAUGGGACUGAAUUAUCACAUGGACACUGUCAUCAUUUCUCUUGAAAGUACAAAGAACCAAGAACAUUUCUCACUAUGAGUUUUUCUUUCUUGUAUUUUUGUUUAUGUUGAGCAGUUUUAAAAUAUAUUGGUUUUUGAAUGCGGUCAAUCUCCAGGGGAAAGGUCAACGAGUUAUCUUUCAGAGCAGAAACCAUUUUUUCUGUCACAAAUGUUUCAUCGCCAGAACUAACAAUCACGUGUUCCAAAUACAAUUUGCACUAAAAAAGAUAGACAUUGUUUUCUUCAUCAGCAGAAUUUGAACGUUUAUGGUACCUAGAAAUGCUCACAGAUACAAUUCAACACUGGAAGACACUCAGCAGUUAAGGAAUUUAAUUACUGGGCCAACUUGAGAGGAAAAAAAAUGGAAAAGAAACUAAAAUGUUGGGUGAAUUCUACCAAAGUCAGCCGUGGUGGCUGCACUGGCACAGAAUACUAAAUUGCAUGUGACUAUUCGCACUGCAACAAAUGAAAAAAAAAAA